ACCUAUUUAAAAUUUUUCUCAUCUUAACGGUUGGUUGCCACAAGCGAACUUUAUCCGCUCUAUCACAGACACAAGUACUUAAUUGAUGCAAUAAUUAAAUAUAAUUGUGUAUCUUAUAUCUCUAUGUUUUUAUCUACAACAACAAUCUCAACAAUUCCAGCUUGAUUCAUUUAUUUUACUUUUACUUUGCAUAAUAUUUGCAUUAAAUUGCCUCAUAAAUGCAUUAAAACACUUUCCGAAUGAUGCGCUCUACCUGCAGGCCUUGCUAACAGUUGAAAUCAGAUAUACUCCAGCCCUGUUAAGCCUCAAGUAAAUACACUUUAUCUUCUUUAAGCUUCGAUAGAUUAUUUGCGGCAAGCUUGUCAAGUACUUUGUUUUUUUUCUUUUGUUAAUAAAAUAUUCAAAGCAAUUGCUGUUAUUAACAAAUCAACAUAACUGCCCAGUCAUCGUGACUACGAGCAUUGCUUUUUCUACAAACUCACGACUAAACUGUGCAAAAUAUUCACACAUAAACAUUUUUUUCUUUUAGACACAAAUAUGGAUGUCCUAUCCGACAACGAAAGUUCGAUGCCAAGUUUUCAAAAUUCAGACUUCUCGACGUCACCGAUAGAGGAACACGAUGCUAAAGACGACGACAUGACGUUCUGCAUGUCGAAUUAUGCGAAAGAGGCCCUGAAAAUGAUGUUCAUGAUGCGUUCACACCAUAUGCUGACCGAUGUGGUACUGGAAGUGAAACAGGAGCUUUUUCCCGCACAUAAAGUCGUACUAUCGGCGGCGUCACCCUACUUUAAGGCUAUGUUUACCGGUGGUUUGAAGGAAUCGGAAAUGUCGCGUGUUCAGUUACAAGGUGUGUGCCCCACAGCUAUGGGACGCAUUAUUUACUUUAUGUAUACCGGACACAUACGCGUAACAGAAGUAACCGUCUGUCAGCUCUUACCUGCUGCCACCAUGUUCCAAGUGCCAAAUGUGAUUGAAGCCUGUUGUGCCUUUCUCGAACGUCAACUGGAUCCAACAAAUGCCAUUGGUAUUGCAAAUUUUGCAGAACAGCAUGGUUGUGUGGAACUGCAAAAGAAAGCAAAUUAUUUCAUCGAAAGACAUUUUACACAGGUAUGCCAGGAAGAAGAAUUUCUUCAGCUCUCAGCCUAUCAAUUAAUUGCAUUGAUACGCCGUGAUGAACUGAAUGUGCAAGAAGAACGAGAGGUAUACGAUGCGGUGCUAAAAUGGGUUAAGUAUGAUGAGGAAAACCGUUAUCCGAAAAUGGAACAUAUACUAUAUGCUGUACGUUGCCAAUUCUUAACACCAAGCUUUCUAAAAGAGCAGAUGAAGAACUGUGAUGUUUUGCGUAAGGUACCUGCUUGUCGAGAAUAUUUAGCUAAAAUCUUCAAAGACUUAACGCUACACAAAAGACCGGUAGUUAAAGAACGUACGCCAAAUACAACGCGAAUGAUAUUUGUAGCGGGCGGUUUCUUUAGACAAUCAUUGGAUAUAUUAGAAGCCUAUAAUGUUGAUGAUAAAACGUGGACGACAUUGCCAAAUUUACGUAUACCGAGAUCAGGAUUGGGAGCAGCAUUUCUUAAAGGCACAUUUUAUGCUGUUGGAGGAAGAAAUAAUUCUAUUGGCUCUUCUUAUGAUUCUGAUUGGGUGGAUCGUUAUAAUGCUAUAACGGAACAAUGGCGACCCUGCGCACCAAUGUCUGUACCACGUCAUCGUGUUGGUGUAGCUGUUAUGGACGAGUUGAUGUACGCUGUGGGUGGUUCAGCGGGCUCAGAAUAUCACAAUACAGUUGAAUAUUAUGAUCCAGAACAAGAUCGUUGGACAUCUGUGCAACCAAUGCAUGCAAGACGUUUAGGUGUGGGUGUGGUUGUUGUUAAUCGUUUACUGUUUGCUAUAGGCGGAUUUAAUGGAACCGAUCGUUUGGCUUCAGUGGAGUGUUAUCAUCCUGAAAACAAUGAAUGGAAUUUUGUGCCAUCAAUGCAUACUGGCCGCAGUGGAGCGGGUGUUGCAGCUAUCAAUCAAUUCAUUUACGUUGUGGGUGGCUUCGAUGGAACACGUCAGUUAUCAUCAGUAGAGCGGUUUGAUACCGAAAAUCAAACUUGGGAAAUUGUGGCACCAGUAAAAAUUGCGCGUAGUGCUUUAUCCCUAACCACGUUGGAUGGCAAGUUGUAUGCCAUUGGCGGUUUCGAUGGCUCUACAUUUUUAUCUAUAGUUGAGGUUUAUGAUCCAAGAACAAAUGUUUGGGAACAAGGCACACCACUAAGUUCAGGACGUUCUGGACACGCAUCCGCUGUUAUCUACCAACCAUCUUGUGUAGGUACUUUUAUGGAUUGCAUUGAGAGUGAAAGUGCUAAACGUGGUCCCACAACUAGACAUUGUACGGGUACUUACACUUUAACAAGAGUUGGUGAUCUUUACCAACAGCAACAACAACAGCAACAGCAAAAGCACAAAUCGUGA